UCGAACCUGCUAGUGAUUCUAUCUUUCCUGAGAUACGAUUACCUCAUGAGAUCCAAUUUUUACGUAAACCUCAAGCAACUGUCAAAGUUAAGUGGGUCGAUAUUUCAAUUAAUGAGUACAUAGGUUCUGGAAGCUUCAGCGACGUAUUUAAAGCAAUUUGGAGAACUGAAGACAAAGAGAAGAUAAUCGCAGUUAAAACAUAUAGACAUAUAAACAGUUGUUUAAGAAGAUUAUUUAUGUCACGACCUUGCCAUGAAAAUAUAUUGACAUAUUAUGGCAUAACAACAAAUACUGAUCGCAGAACAUGUCUACUCUCGGAGUAUGCUGAUUGCGGAAAUCUCUAUAAUGCUCUACAUCUAGGUGACUCUUCAUAUAAAAAUGCAUUAGCAUGGAUGCUUCAAUUGGCCAAGGGUGUCGAAUUUAUGCAUCAACAAAACAUUAUUCAUAGCGAUCUUAAACCAAGGAAACUGCUACUUUUUAAUAAUUAUCAGACUCUAAAGAUUUCCAUAUCGGAUUUGAUAUGUAUUAAGCCUACAACAAUGACGAAAAUGGUUGGAGAAUCGUAUUACAUGGCACCAGAAAUUGUAGAAGGGUCGAAGUACACAGAAAAGUGCGAUGUUUAUAGUUUUGGGAUAAUACUGUGGGAGGUUAUGUCACGAAAGAAACCUUUCUACAAUCUGGAGAAUGAAACCAGUUACUUUAUUUUAAAUAAAGUAAUGGAAGGUAUGCGGCCUGAUGUGAAUGAUAUGAAUGGCAUUCAAAAUGCGGAACAGAUAAAAUUAUUGAUUACAAAAUGUUGGGAUGCAAAUCCUACGGAAAGACCAACUAUGAAGAAAGUAGCAGCAAUUAUGAAAAAUACUUCCUCUAAUUGGGUGAAAAGCUGCGCAAUUAUUUAAAAAAUAAUAUAAUGAAUUAAUAAAAU